AUGGCUUCUGCUCCAGUUUCCUUCUCCGAUUUGAAAGCCGGCCGCAACUCGCCGUCAGUCGUUGCUAGGCUCCCCCGUUUCUGGGAGGCCCGUAAUGUCAAAAAAUGCGGAGAGCUGAUGGGUGUGGAGAUGCUUCUCAUCGAUGGAAAGUCAACUCUUAUCUCAGCAACAAUCAACGUCGCCCGUCUCAACACCUUCAAACACCUUCUCAGUAAAGGCGCCCUCUAUGCAAUUGGUGGGUUUGACGUCGCAAUGCCGAAGAUUACGUUAACGUUAUGCCUUGACGGUCACUCAAUCCUCUUCGUUGUUUCGACCUACAACCAUCGUUCUCCCCAAACAAUUAGUGCGAUAACCAAGGAGAUAUACAUGCCCUCGGACACUCAACGCUUGCUCAGAUUUGCAAAAGCCAACACAGAGAUCACUGGUUUCAAAGAACGAGAAGGAAAGAUGAUGACAUAUAGGUCAGCCGGACUUACACCACAAACUUGCUACGUAACGUCGGCUACUCUAGGAUUCGGCGAUCUUGAUUUACAAAUCAAAACCAUCACAUACGGUUUCAAGAGGACAACCAUUGACGGAGGAAUUAACAUAACAGAAUCCACCGCACUUCCAGGGACACAUUCAAGAGAAAAGAGCAACGAGAAUGAAUCUGAGUACUACCACAUUCGUUACAUUCACGCCUGUGAAGCUUCAUGGAGGCUCUUCAAUCACCUCAGACAACCCAACAUCCCCACCGUCCAGAGGUUGCCACCCCAUCCUUAUAAUGUGGGAAGUGUUGGUGUACAAACAACUAGGUUCACCCGUUGGAUCGCGGCGAACAUGACAGAACCACGCCAGCUGAGAAAUGCGACCGCCAGAAUGUUUUUCCGGUGGGACCCAGCCUUGAGGGAAUGGACAGACAUGUGGAGAGAAUACCCAAUCCUGAGUUGUUGGUACCAACGUCAUCGCUCGACGAGGACAUUAAUGUCACGAUAUUACGACAUUAUUUCCAAAGAUAUUGGUUCAAAAUAA